AACAACUUAUUCCUCUUCAAGAUUACUCCACAAGUCCAUCCAUGUCUAGUGAAGGAGAAGACACGACCCUCAAAGCUAUAUGCUACAAGCCUGGCUCUCUUCAAUUACUCGAUCAGAGGAAGCUUCCUUUAGAGACCAUUUACUUAGAGAUUCGUGAUGCUUCAGAUGGAUGGAGUGCUAUUCAGGAAAUGGUUGUACGUGGUGCUCCUGCUAUAGCUAUUGCUGCUGCUCUUUCUUUAGCUGUUGAAGUUUUCAACUUUAAUGGUUUUGAUGGAUCAUCUGCAGAUGCUGUUGCUUUUCUUGAGAAGAAGUUGGAUUAUUUAGUGUCAAGCCGGCCAACAGCAGUUAAUCUUGCAGAUGCUGCAUUGAAACUUAAACAUGUUAUAGCAAAGGCCUUGGCUAUUGCCACUGAACCCAAAUCUAUUUUUAAGGCAUAUAUUGAAGCGGCUGAGGAUAUGCUUGAAGAUGAUGUUGCUUCAAACAAAGCUAUAGGAACCUUUGGUUCAAGCUUGUUGAGGCAGCAAGCCAAGAAUGCUGAUAAGCUUUCUGUUCUGACCCAUUGCAACACUGGAAGCCUUGCUACCGCCGGAUAUGGUACUGCCCUCGGUGUCAUCCGUGCACUCCAUACUCAAGGAAUCUUAGAAAGAGCAUACUGCACAGAAACUCGUCCAUUCAAUCAAGGAUCGAGGCUAACAGCGUUUGAGUUAGUGCAUGAGAAAAUCCCUGCAACUCUCAUUGCAGACUCAGCUGCAGCUGCACUGAUGAAAGAUGGUCGUGUAGAUGGUGUCAUCGUUGGAGCAGAUCGCGUGGCUUCAAAUGGUGAUACUGCUAACAAGAUUGGGACUUACAGUCUUGCCUUGUGUGCAAAACAUCACGGGAUCCCAUUUUAUGUUGCUGCACCUCUUACCUCAGUUGAUCUAUCACUUUCAUCCGGGAAAGAAAUCGUGAUAGAGGAAAGAUCUCCAAAGGAGUUGCUGCACACACAUGGAGGACUUGGUGAACGCAUUGCAGCACCAGGGAUCUCAGUUUGGAACCCAGCUUUUGAUGUGACUCCAGCAGAGCUGAUUGCGGGAAUCAUAACCGAGAAGGGGGUCAUAACAAAGAAUGGCAAUGAUACAUUUGACAUAAGCAGCUUUGCCAAGAAGAUGACAGGAAACUCAUCUGGUUGAAGUUAGAGUCAGCAUUGCGACUUGCAGAUGUUCCCCUCUCUAUAUACUUGCAACAAAGCAAAUUACUUUGUAAUGUUUGAGCUAAUAAGUACACUGGUAAAGAUUGUCAAAAAUAAGAAAUAAUCCAGUAGGAAAAAAUACGUUUUAGCCAAUUGGUGUUUUUAGGUAGCCAAAAUGCUGGUGUUGGGUUUAAUGCUAAUGAAGAUUGUGUUUGGAGUAAAAAUUGUAAGUUACA